AUGGAAAAACCAGAAGAACACAAGUGCAAUAUUAUUCCAUGCGAAAUAUAUGACAAGGACCAUUUAGAUUUUCGGGAUGAUUUUCUUUUUUGUUCAACAUGCCCUAACAUUUCACCAUAUCAUAAGGAAGGAUAUUUGUUCAAGAAAUUUUCCAAUUCAUGGUGCGGUUUUAAAAAAAGAUGGUUUGUCUUGAGAAAUAAUAAAUUAUAUUAUUACAAGAAUGAAAAGAGUUUAAGACCAUCUGGAGUCUUGGAUCUAGAUAUCAUUAAUAUGAAUUUAUAUUACGAAAACGGGUCCAACACGAAGGCUAAAACUGAUGACUGCUUCUUAUAUUGUAUUCAGUCAAGAGAAAAUAAAAAUCAGAAAAAAAUCGAAUCAUAUCUAACAUUAAACCCUAAAAAUACCGAUAUUAAAUUUCACUUAAAGGGCGAUGAUACAGAAAUAUAUAACUGGUAUCAAUUAUUAAACAAGGCGCUAUGUCACAAGAAGGUGGUGAAUCAACCAGAAUUUAUUUUUAAAGACUGUAAUUUUUGGAAAAUACAUAGAAUAUCAGUUGACGUUUUUGAAUCUAUAGCAGAUACAGGUGAUAUAGUUUUAUUUAGAUCUGAUGUGGCAGUUGCUAAAAUACAAAGAAUUUUAACACGUGGUGAAUAUGAUCAUAUAGGCAUGAUAUUAAGAAAUGAUAGAAAUAACUUAUUCAUAUUAGAAGCCCUAUCAAAUACUGGUAUAAUCCUGACGCCCUGGAAACUAUUUAAAGAAAAUAAUUGGAAUGAAAUAUACACCAGAAUUACUUUGAGAAGAUUAACUUGGAAUAAUUCAGAAGAAAACCUACAAAAAUUAUUAGGAUUUUUAAAAGAUGCUAUAGGAAAGAAAUAUAGCUUGAAAAUAGUAGACUUUAUAGCACCUCAAUUUGAUGACAGUAGUGGGUAUUUCUGUUCGGAACUUAUAGGAGAAUGUUGGAAGGUAAUGGGUGUUAUACCUGAGGACACAUGCUGUAGUUAUAUAUUUCCAAGUAAUUUUUCUGAAAAACUAGAAGACAAAAUUAAGUUACAAUCAGGAUGUCAAUUAAAUAAUGAACUUCUCAUAGAUUUUAGUUUAUAG